GGACAGAAUUAGACAGAGUCGUGUGGAGACGCACUGAUGCGUUUAAACACGAGAAACGCGGUAUAGUUCGCUGGCUAAAAGUCAGUUUUGCGAAAAUAAAAUAUUCAUCCAACUCCGGUCAUCAUGAAGGAAGAGACAGCUGCGGAGAAUGCUGUGGAGUGGGACGAAAAUGGGGAGAACACAGCACCAACAGAAGCUGCAUCUUUGGAAAGAAGACCUAGUAUUGUGAAGAUGCAAAAUAUGCUAAAAAGGGUUUCCCAGAGCCCUUUCCAUACACGGUACAUGACUCUUGUUUCGUCCACGUCUGAAUCCAGUGGAUCGUCUGCGAACGACUCCCAAAACAAACAGGAUAGUGAGUGGUCUUCAGAUGUCGCAGACAACCAUGGACAACACUUGGGACAGAAUGGCUUGGAGACGAAAGAUAGGCCUCUUCUUUCUUCUGUGUCACAGGAAUCGGGGAGCAAAGGUGACUCAAUCGACAAUGAGGGAAGGACAGCUUCAGAUUUUAUCUUCGUCCCUCCACCUGAAUUUCAAAGCUCACCUCUCGUUCCUGACUCUGAAAAGAAGACUGUGGAAAAUGGGGGCAACUAUUCUGAACCUCACAACAACCCAUUCCAGGCACGCAAGCAUCAGCAAGACUUCUUGGGCCUGAACACAACUGCCAAUGGUCAUUUACAUGACGUAGCCCUGAGUUCUCCAGACUUAUUUGAUAAGAACCCAGAUCAAACGCAGAACCUCUUCCAAACCUUACAGUCCAAGAGCUCUGACCUCUUUAAACGCGACGUGGUGGAUCCUUUCCAACCUGCUAAAGAAGAAGAUCCAUUCUCUGCUGCAAGUGCUAAUGAGAUGGACCUCCUUCACAAAUCCCCCAAUAUUUUUGUGGAUCCAUUCAAAUCUUCUUCAAACAACGAGGACCACCUGUUCCGGUCUCCAGAAUCAACAGUGGAAAACCCAUUUUACACUGGCCCACCCAAAGAAGCAGAUGUGUUACCAUCGGCUAAAAGUGAUAAUUCUGCUGAAAAUAAUUACCACCUUCGCUCAUCUCCUAAGGAAAUGUUCGAUGUAUUUUCAUCCACACAAACAGUCGAUCCAUUCCCAAGCCCAAUUACAAGGAAUUUGUUCGAAGACGUCUCAAGCUUGGAUGACCCAUUUGGAUCCACUCCCUCUAAGAAGUAUGACCCCUUCCAGGAUAUUUCUAGUGGAACUUCAGACAUUUUUCAACCACUUCCCUCAAAAACUGACAACUGGGAUACAGGUGAGGCAACCCCCAGCAUUGAGGCCUCUACACUGUUCCUCAACAGUCUGUCAGAAAAGAAGCUAUCGAUCUCAGAUCUGUUGCAGAAAACCCCACCAAGACCGCCUCCUCCUGUCCUUCCAAAGUCUUUCCUCAAGCCACAAGAGAUUGUCUUGACUACUCCUCAGGGAACCAAACAUGGCAUUCUUCAGCCGACUCCCUUUACUGAGGCCAGGAUCAUGUCUCCAAUGCCCAACGAGUCUCCAACUGAAAUGACUCAUGUGCAGACUUUCAAACGCCCACCAAAGCCACUUCCUCGAACUAGAGUAAGGUCAAAGCCUCCCAGGCCAGAAAAGCCUCUAAAACCAGACAGGCCUCCACAGCCAGUAGUCCCUAGUGAACCUAAGCCAGAUGCACCAGAAACGUUUCCUAAACCUGUCUUAAGUCCUCUCCCAAACCCAGUCAUUCAGCACAAACCAAAAACUCAGGAAAAUAAACAAGUGGAUCCAGAGGACUUUGCUGUCUUCGAGGAUGUUCUGCUCAUUGGAAACGAGCAGUGUGUGGAAGACUGGCCUGAAGACAGUCCUGAAGUUAACCCUGACUUCAAACCAUCUGGAAAAUUUAAACUACGGAGAGAGUCGAUGAAGGUAAAGACGGAUUCUGAUGGGGGAAGUGGUGAAGACCAGGAUGGCACCGGGAAUUAUGACAAGAAAAGGGACAAGAAAUUCAGAAUGUCCCUGAUCUCCAGACGAGGUUCAAAGGACAAGUUUCCUGAUGACGCAAAGGAAAGGAAGAACAGUACACUGCCUCGUAAAUCAUCAAAGGAUUAUAUGUCGGACACCCACACGUCUGCAGGAGAUGCUGAGACGGACUGGAGCGACUACAAAAAGAAACCUCUGAAGACCAAAGUCAAUCAGUUGCUUCGCAGAGCAUCGGUUAAUUCCUAUAUGGCCGAGGGAAAGUCCACGAAUGGACAUUUAAGUCAAGAUUCAAAUGAGGAUAACAUCAGUAAGAAAAGCGGAGGCAAGAAAAAGUCCCUCAUACGGCGAUGGUCAGAGGGGACAGUGUUGGAUAAAGGAAGAGCUGAAGAGGAGGAAGGAUGGGAAGACCAGCAUGAAGAGAAGAGUAAAAAGAAGAUGAAAAUCAAGUUUGUGCCGCAUAGAGGAUUUGCUAUCACCAUGGAAAAAACAAAGGAUGAACCAAAAGGAGCACACGGAUACACGCCUCGCAAAGGCUCGGAGGAGGAAUCACCUGAUGAAAUAUUGGGUGCACAUGGCUACACACCGCACAAGAAGGCCGAGGAAUAUGCUUUUGAGGACAUUGAUGAGAUAAAAGCCCGGAGUCUUCAGUCAACUAGUGAGGCUGCCUUCACGGAUGACGAGCUCUUACGGAAAACAAUCCAAAGACUAGAUGAAGAUUCUUACGACUGCAAACCUAAGAAAUCAAUAAAGACCAAACUGUCACGUUUGAGCCGUCGAAGUUCAAAGGAGAACGAGCCAGAUGAAUCCAAUCUCCAGAAAAAGAAGAGCAGCUUCUCAGCAGACGACUUGGACAAUGAAGAACUAAACGGCAUGGAGGACUGCAAACCGAAAAAUUUCAGGCACAAAGCUCCUCUUCCAGUACCACGCAAAACCAAGAUGGCAAAUGGACAGGAAGAACCAGUUGGAUUCAGACACCAUGCAGCUCAGCAUGCAUCAAAUGACACGUUUCAUGAGGAUGAUAUAAAAGGAAAAGACUUCCCAGAUUAUGAAGAUGCAUAUGACAGUGAAGAAGAUGAAGAGGAUUCCUGCAAACCGAAAAAGUUGUCAAAGCUCAAAGGCCGCAAAAAACACAAGGCUAAAAGUAAAGCCAUGUAUGCAGAGGGUGAAGAUCCACCAGGAGCCACAUCCAGUGACUUCCUGUCAGAGGCAGCUCAGGCGGAGUGGCUUGCUGCUCAAAUGGAUGAACAAGCACUAGAAGGUCUGGAAGAUGAGGAAGAAGAAGGGGACACUGACAGUUUGAUGGAGUGGUGGUACACAGUGGAGCAAUGGGAUGAAGUGCCAUCGGACGAGGAGAACAAACAGGACGAGUCAAAGUCAUUCUCCAUCUUGGCGAACAAGGUUCACCACGGCCUGCGCCUCUUCAACAAGGUCUUCACCGAACGAGCUGAGGUCCUCUGGCAGUCCAUCAUUACACUGCACGCCAUCGCCGACGACAUCAGCAACUUCCACCAGAAAGCCAAGAUUGCCGGCAUUACUGGCGGCACCACCACAGCCGUGGGCGGGGUGACGGCCAUCGCUGGCUUAGCUCUGGCUCCCUUUACCUUCGGUGCCUCUCUGGUAAUUACAGCUGUGGGUGUGGGUGUGGCAACAGCUGGGGGUAUCACCUCUGCCUCUGCAGCCAUCUCGGAUAAUGUUAACAACAUGCAAGACCGGAAGAAGGUGGAGGAAGUACUGCAAGAGUAUGAGACUCACCUGCUGGGCAUCGGGAAGAUCCUCCACUUCAUCAAUCAGGGUGUCUACAAACUGCGUGGCCACCCAUUCCUCAGGUCUGGCACCCAACAUUACUCAGAGGACUGGGAGAUCCGGAGGGCCGUGCAGAUGAUCAGCUUAGUUGACUCGCCUAUCAUGAGAGCGACGGAGAUUACAGACAAUGCGGUUGUCUCGCUGCAAGGACUCUUCAAAGGCAUGGACAAGUACUUCAUCAAGGACUCCAGGGAGCUGAAGAAAGGCUGCAAGAAAGAAAUAGUGGGGGAGAUAAAAGAAGUGGCAACUGUGCUCAAUGAUACCAUAGUGGAGCUUAACACCAUCAGAGAGGAACUUCAGGACGCAACUGGGAACGUGUGAGCAACGUCCUGCAAGAACACCAAAGGUCUCCACUGCCCUCUUCUGGAUAAAUGAAGGAACUGUUGGUUAGUUGCUGACUUGCUAGUUAAGGAGGCAAUAUCAGAUAUUACGCUUUUAUUUUAGCAUAGUUUACAACCCACAGAAUUACAAUCAUUUGUGUAUUUGAUUUAAGAUGUUUACUGACCACAACAGGGACUGGUCACAAUAACACAGACCCUGUUCUUUGUGCACUGUUUUCUGGUUUAAUGAGUUUCCAUUACAGGGUGAAUCAGAAUGUUUCUUUCUGUCACAGAUGGUGUAAUUUAAACGUAUUAACACUUAAGUCAUAUGAUAAAAUCACAAAUUUCACGAUUUACAAAAAUAUAUGUUGUAUUGUCCCAAAUAGUCAAAUGAACUGAUGUUGCUGUAGUGAGUUCAACAAUCAAAUUAAUAUAUUAAAAAUGUAUUUAUUUUUUAAUCACUGUUUGGUUAUCCGGCAGGAAAAAAACAAAAAAAAAAAAAAAAAAACUGUCUAAGAAUGAUCUGUGGAAGAAUCAGCUUUUUGUCUGUAUCAAAAUAACGCAGCUUUUUUGUUGUGGGUGUAUGGGUCAAAUAUUAUAGAAAGUCCUAUGCGUCAUGUAUUUUGUGCUUGUGGUUAAUUUUAGUAUCAUUCAGAAUUCAUUUUAUUGUCCUUCGCGUAUUUGUGAGACAGAACCUACUGUAUCAUGUAGUUCUGUGUGUGCAUAGCCUACGUGUAGAUAUGGCAGAUGUUUUAACCUGUACGUUACUGUUGUCUUGUGAUUCUCAGAAGAUUAUUUUAACUUGCAUGAAAUGCACCUGUAUAGAUUUUCAUAUACUCUAUUUUAGUAUAUUCAAAAAAUGCUAAUACAACUCUUAACGUGAAUAAAGAAUGUUUGAUAAUGUGAA